AUGCAGGUAGUUAUUCGGCGGCUUCCUCCUUGUCUAACUAAGGAGCAACUGGAGGAACAGCUACAUCCUCUACCUGCCCAUGAUUAUUUUGAGUUUUGCACUGCUGAUCCCAGCCUUUAUCCUCAUCUCUACUCAAGAGCAUACAUUAACUUUAGAAAUCCUGAGGACAUCCUUCUUUUUAGAGAUCGCUUUGAUGGCUAUGUCUUCAUUGACAAUAAAGGUUUGGAGUAUCCUGCAGUGGUUGAAUUUGCUCCAUUCCAGAAGAUUUCAAAAAAGAAGCUGAAGAAGAAAGAUGCCAAAGCUGGGAGCAUUGAAGAUGAUCCAGAAUAUAGGAAAUUUUUAGAGAGUUAUUGUGCUGAUGAAGAGAAAAUCUGUGCCAAUCCUGAGAUUCUUUUGGGAGAGAUUGAGGCCAAAACAAGGGAACUCAUUGCUAGAAGAACAACACCCCUUUUGGAAUAUAUUAAAAAUAGAAAAUUAGAAAAGCAGAGAAUACGAGAAGAGAAAAGAGAAGAACGAAGACGGAGAGAAUUGGAGAAGAAACGUCUGCGGGAGGAAGAGAAAAGGAAGCGCAGAGAAGAAGAAAGACGUAAAAGAAAAGAAGUGGAAAAGCAAAAGAAAAUGUCUGAAAAAGAAAUAAGAAUCAAGCUUCUCAAGAAGCCUGAAAAAGGAGAUGAACUGGCCAGUGAAAAGCACAAAGAAAAAGGUGAAGAAGCUGACAUGGAGGAAAACAAAUGGGAUAAAUCACCUGGAUCUGGGAGUAUAAAAUCCAAAUCUUUGGAGGCUUCACUAAAAGAACUUAAGGAAAAGUAA